UCCUGGGGGUCUCAGGUUUGCCACGGGUACAGUUGGGUUGUGCCUCUGCUGUGUGUGCCUUUCUGUGCUGAUAAAGGCAAAUAAGUGAUUAUUCAGAGACAAUUUUUCCCCACAAAAUCUCGUGUUUUCUGCAGUGAUAAGAGCAGAAAUGCAGCAGCUGCGUUUUUUUCUUUCCUGUUUCUUUUUUUGUUUUGUUGUUGUCUUAAUGCUCAUGGAACCUGGGAUAUGUGCCCAGUGCUGUUCUAUGCUCCCAUAGAAUAGAACCAUAGGGUGGUUGGGUUGGGAGGGUCCUGGAAGGUCAUGGAACCAUAGGAUGGUUGGGUUGGAAGAGUCUUGAAAGGUCAUGGACCAAUAGGGUGGUUGAGUUGGAAGGGUCCUUAAAGAUCAUAGAACGUUGGAAUGGUUGGAUUGGGAAUGUCCUUAAAGAUCAUAGAACCAUAGGGUGGUUGGGUUGGAAGGGUCCUUAAAGAUCAUAGAAUGGUUCCUUCUGUCAUUCCAAGUGCACCAUUCAUCUUGGUGCCAUCUGUCAGUGUCCUGAGGAUGCUCUGAUCCCAUCACUGAUAAAGACAUUGAAGAGCACCCAUCCCAAGAAGGACCCCUGGGGGUCACCAGCCAUCCCCCCCUCCAGCUGAGCCUUCCAACCCAGGUGUAGAUGUGGCCAAGCAGGUGCGCUGUGCUGAUAGCAGGUGAACACAUCCUGUUCCUAUUGCACAAAAUGGGUUAAAAUAAACAAGUUUACUGUAGGUUGCUUGCACUGAGAGUACUUUUAGCUCUUGGCUUCUGACCUUCGUGGCCAAGUGUGUUUUGGAAAAGGGACCAAGGCUGCUCGAUAGGGUUGGGACACCUGUGGGGUUCCCAUCCCUCCUUCUCCAUCCCCUAUAAAGCAGCGUGCAGCGAAGUCUCAGCCACAUCAUCACCAUGAUGCAGCUCCUGCUCCUCGCUGCCCUCGCGCUGUGCGGUGAGUCCUUGUGCCGACGGGGUCGUUAGCUGCUAACGAGCUCUCAGAUUUGGGGUUCUGGGGAGCAAUGGGUGUCACUGUCCCUUUCCCACAGGAUGCCAUGCAGAGUCAGUUUCCGAUGGGAUGCAACGUGUGGUCGGGGGGACUGAGGCGAAAUCACAUGCCUGGCCCUCACAGAUCUCCCUCCAGUAUUACUCUGGGGGCAGCUGGCACCACACCUGUGGAGGGUCCCUCAUCCGACAGAACUGGGUGCUGACAGCAGCCCACUGCGUAGACAGUAACCUGAACUUCCGCGUCGUCGCCGGUGACCAUUACCUCAACAGGAAUGAAGGCAGCGAGCAGACCUUCGGCGUCAGCAGCAUCAUCAAGCACCCCAACUGGAACCCCAACAACGUGGCCGCGGGCUACGACAUCGCCCUGAUCCGACUGUCGGGUUCGGCCACGCUCAACAGCUACGUGCAGCUGGCAGUGCUGCCCAGCCAGGGCACCGUGUUGGCCAACAACUACCCCUGCUACAUCAGCGGCUGGGGGCUGACCAGCAGUGAGUGCCAUGGGCAACCCAGGGACACUCAACCCAUGCAAAAAUACUCAUGGGUUUUAUAGGGCUUACCAAAAUUCAUUAAGAAUCUGGGAAAACGGGGAAGGUUAAUCACUUUUGGACAUGGGAUGAGUCCCCCAAGGGAUGGAUGAUGUCAAGCAAGUAUUUUGGAGGGCUCUAUGAGAUGCUCAAGGCUGGAUGCUUCCAUGCAGAUAUUUUGGGGGGUGUUAUGGGGUCUAUUUGAUCUAUGGGUUUUAACGGGCCCUUGUUCACUUGUAGCCAAUGGGCAGCUGUCGAAUGCGCUGCUGCAGGCUUACCUGCCUGUCGUGAGCUACAACAUCUGCUCCAGCUACUCCUACUGGGGCUCCACUGUCAAGAACACCAUGAUCUGUGCUGGUGGGGAUGGCGUGCGCUCCGGCUGCCAGGGUGAUUCGGGAGGCCCCCUGCACUGCGCUGUCAAUGGGGUGUACCAAGUGCAUGGAGUCACCAGCUUCGUCUCCGGCUACGGCUGCAACGUGCGCAACAAGCCCACCGUCUUCACCCGAGUCUCUGCCUACAUCUCCUGGAUAUCCAGCGUGAUCUCCUAAACAAAGCGGCAGCAGAAGUCCAGCCCCAGCCCUGAAUGUGGACACUGAGCAUUUCAGCUGGGAACAUUCAUGUCUCCAAACUGGCAUCAAUAAAUUGUGUUCUUCAGUGA